CUCACGCUGUUGUGGAAACCCGCAGUUCGCAGACACACACUAGCUGUUUCCCCCUUUGAGUCUGAAGAUACCAGAGAUGAAAAAACAAGACAGACAAGAAGAGUCUGCCACCCAGGGCGGUGAGGACGCUCCGCCGACACCAGGAGGGACGGAGUCACCUGCAAAAGACAGCUUGGACAGCAACAGCCCCAAAGAGUCUGAACCUCAGACGGACACGCCGCCACAGACGGACACGCCGCCACAGACGGACACGUCUCCACAGACGGACACGUCGCCACAGACGGACACGCCGCCACAGACGGACACGCCGCCACAGACGGACACGUCGCCACAGACGGACACGUCUCCACAGACUGUCACACCUUCACAAGGCAACGAGGCAGGAAGUGAAGUUGCAGAGGCGGCCCUUUCUCAAUGUGACAUGGCUGAGGAGCUGAGCCGGCAGCUGGAGGACAUCCUCAGCACAUACUGUCGGGAAACCAUUUCAGACGACGCCUGCUCCGUGCCCAACGGCCAGUCACACAGCCCCGAGCUCAACGGCCUGAGCAACGAGCGGGGGGGCGGCAAGCCAGAGGGCAAAGUCAACGGAGCUGGCAACGGAGGGCAGAAGAAGACUCAGGAGAAGAAGAAAGUGAAGGGUCUGGGCAAAGAGAUCACUCUUCUCAUGCAGACUCUGAACACACUGAGCACCCCGGAGGAAAAGCUUGGAGGCCUCUGUAAGAAGUACGCUGAACUGCUGGAGGAGCACCGCAACACCCAGAAGCAGAUGCGGGUGCUGCAGAAGAAGCAGAACCAGGUGGUCCAGGAGAAAGACAACCUGAGGAACGAGCACAGCAAAGCCCUGCUGGCUCGCAGCAAGCUGGAGAGUCUCUGCAGGGAGCUACAGAGACACAACCGCACUCUGAAGGAGGAGGGAAUGCAAAGAACGCGUCUGGAGGAGGAGAAAAGGAAGGAGGUGACCUCCCACUUCCAGGUGACGCUGAACGACAUCCAGGCUCAGAUGGAGCAGCACAACGAGAGGAACGCCAGCCUCCGACAAGAGAACACGGAGCUGGCCGAGAAACUGAAGAAGCUGUACGAACAGUACAAACUACGAGAAGAGCACAUAGACAAACUGGUGAAUCACAAAGAUCUGCAGCAGCAGCUGGUGGACGCCAAGCUGCAACACGCUCAGGAGCUGCUGAGGGAGUCGGAGAAAUGCCACGACAGAGAGAAACACUUUCUGCUGAAAGAAGCCGUGGAGUCUCAAAGGAUGUGUGAGCUAAUGAAGCAGCAGGAAGUUCACCUCAAGCAGCAGCUCUCACUGUACACAGAGAAGUUCGAAGAGUUUCAGACCACUUUGUCCAAGAGCAAUGAAGUCUUCACCACGUUCAAACAGGAGAUGGAGAAGAUGACUAAAAAGAUCAAGAAGCUGGAGAAGGAGACGGCUAUGUAUCGGUCCAGGUGGGAGAGCAGCAACAAGGCUCUCAUGGAGAUGUCAGAAGAGAAGUCUGUGCGGGACGUUGAGUUUGAAGCUCUCCAGGGUAAAGUGCAGCGGCUGGAGAAGCUUCGACGGGCCCUGAAAGUCGAACGCAACGAGCUCAACAAGAAGGUUCAGAACCUCAGCGGUCAGGACGCCGUCGCCCCCGCCUCUGACCCGCAGACCGACUCCCCCUCUCCGCCGCCCACAGACUCUCUGUUGCAUCCCGACAGCCUCCCUGUCCCGGACUCCGCCCCCUGCUCCCAGUCCUGCCACUGUGACCAAGAACUGGACACAGACGCCCCGCUAGAAGAGGCGAGGGCUCUGCCCGUCGCUGAAUGAAGCUAACGCUGCUCACGGCCUCCUCUCUCCCCCCUCCAGCAUCAAGCCACCUAAUAUGAAGCCACCAGCCUGCAAGCCGCUCCUCCUCAGCUGGAUGAAAGUGAUGUGAAACACUGGUCCAGAAGCAGAUCAGAUAGCAAGGUUAACUUGUGUCCUCCCAGCAUGCCCUGCAGGCUUUAUAGCGUACAUUAUGUCAGUACAUUUACAUGCACACCAUAACUGUUACUGUGAAUGACCUCGUUAAGGUGACUAAAGGUGACACUCCAAAAGACGUGUUUCACAUGCUGCUGUUUGUGGCUUUCAGUCGACCAAAAAUAUCGACAGAGUUCAGACUUCACUGAUCACAGUAAUUCAAAAAAGAGAAGUUAUCCAGCUCUGCUAGAAACUUACACCUUAACUUGACCCUGUUUAUAUGACGGCAGCAGCAAUCUGUAAUAAUCUAAUUAUCAGUACUACUUGACAGUGUGCAUGUAAAUGCACCGGCUGCCUCUGUGUUUCACUGCACAUUCCCUUUUUUUGAUUUGCAUCAAAUACAACUCAGCGAGAAAAAGCAACAGCGCUGCUCGGGAUGACACAAGCCAGGCAGGUAAAUGACAAGAGGAGUCAUCAGUGUGUGUGUGUGUGUGUGUGUGUGUGUGUGUGUGUGUGUGUGAUGUUUUAAAAUCCAUUCCCAGUAAUUGAAUGUUUUUCUUUCUGCUGAAGUCUUAACGGGGAUGUGAAGAUGAUCAUUUCUUUGGCCAGUCCAAUUCUUAAUAUCAUAGAAAUAAUCUAGAAUUCUACAAAUGUAUUGAAGGACGUUUCUCACUCGCUCUAGAUUUCUCUCAUUCGCUUUUCUUUAGUUUCAGAGUUUUCAGUUCUUGUGGACCGUUUUAGGGAAAUCAUUCUUUGUUUGCGUCACACUGCUUCUUUUGUGCAGUUUUUCUCAUUUGUAUUUAUUGUUUGAAGCAUACUCUCUGAUGUUGAAAUGUAUGUAUUUUACAGAACACCACGAUAACAUAGAUCUUGUUACACAUUUACAAAAUGUAAUACGGUGUUCAUUUCAUGACUUUUCAUUCCUAACCUUCCUGAGUUCAGUUGUUAGCUGCAUUAUUUUUACAUGUCUGCUUAUAACCUUAUAAUGACGACCACUUAGAGCUUGUGUGCGUGUGUGCGUGUGUGCGUGUGUGUGUGUGUGUGUUCAAAGGACCUUUGUGUGGAACAACAACACCAUAAAAGGGUUGUGUAAGACACAUGGCUAUGAUUGUCUCCUCCCAUCCCUGGUAAUGGCAGUAGCUUGUUAUCAGGUUUCUACUAGAAUGUUGGAGGACCUCUAUGCAACGCUUGUCUGUUUCUUUUCCUGUGGCUGUCUCAACUGACGAGCACUUAGCUGAGAAUGUAUAUUCAUUAACUCCACUGUCUCGCAUGGAUGUAUUGUAUAAACAGACAACAUAUCUCACAGCAGAACUUUAUUUUUGCUUAGGUUUGAAGCUUAUUAAUCUCGAUAGAUGUCGGACAUUGAACGUAAUGUUGUGCAACUUCCUGGUGCUUUCACGCGGUGCAGUGACUGAGCCGAGUUAUUGGACUUCUGAAUCGUAGUUUGACUCCCACACGUGCAUUUCUCUUCAGUCAUUCUUAUGCUCUACUUCAUAUGUAGCAUUGGUAACAAGGCGUCAACGUAUAGACUCAUUUUCAAUUGAAAUAGAAAUGGCAGACGUAGUUUCUUCCAUUGUCCCACAGGACAGAAUCGUUGUACCUCUGGUCCCGUGGUAGAUGUGGAGCUUCAUUGACCAUGAGAAGGAACCAAAGAUGUUUCCUUUCUUUUGUCUUUUGCAGUACUUUUAUCUGGCCCUGUAUAUUUUGUUUCUUGUUAAAUAAAAAAUGUAAUGGUGUGUA